GGCCCAACAGCAUGUAGCCGAACAGUUGAUUUCAUCCAAACAAUUCGUGUUUUAACUUAAGCUAUUUUAACUCUUUCUUUAACAUUUCACACUUUUUUAUACGCUGAGAGAGAAGCCACUGUUCACCGAAGAUGGGAGUCCCGGCGUUUUUCCGUUGGCUUAGCCGAAAAUAUGCUUCAAUCGUUGUGCAUUGUGUUGAGGAGAAGGGGAAAGAAUGUAAUGGCGUCUGCAUUCCUGUUGAUACAACAAAGCCUAACCCCAACGAGGUGGAAUUUGACAAUUUGUACUUGGACAUGAACGGGAUCAUUCACCCCUGCACACAUCCAGAGGACAAAGCUGCCCCGAAAAAUGAAGACGAGAUGAUGGUCGCCAUUUUUGAGUACAUCGACCGCCUGUUCAAUAUCGUGCGGCCCAGGAGAGUUCUCUACAUGGCCAUCGAUGGAGUGGCUCCGCGUGCCAAGAUGAACCAGCAGCGCUCUCGCCGUUUCCGAGCCUCCAAAGAAGGAGCAGAGCUGGUGGAGGAGAAGACUCGCAUCCGAGAGGAGGUCAUCGGGAAAGGAGGUUAUCUUCCACCUGACGAGAUUAAAGAGAGAUUUGACAGCAACUGCAUCACUCCAGGAACAGAGUUCAUGGAUAACUUGGCUCAGUGUCUCAGAUACUACGUCGCAGAGAGAAUCAGCAAUGAUCCGGGCUGGAAGAACGUCACGGUGAUUCUGUCAGAUGCCAGUGUUCCCGGUGAAGGUGAACACAAGAUCAUGGACUACAUCCGGAGACAGAGAGCUCAACCCAACCACGACCCAAACACACACCACUGCCUGUGUGGAGCUGACGGUAAGACUUUAAAUUAA